AUGAACACCGCCAAAGGCUCGGCUGGCAGCCAUGUCAGCUUCUACAAUGCCCUGAUCAUCGCGUUCGCAUGCUUUGGAAGUAUCACUUAUGGAUAUUGCUCCUCUAUCAUCGGAACCACUCUUGGUCAGCCAUCCUUCACUACCUAUUUCGGGCUUGCCACUAGCUCCAAUGCCCACGGCCUCGAAGGCGCCAUGAAUGGUCUCUUCCAGGCAGGAGGUCUCUUUGGAACGCUGUCGUUUGGCUAUGUAGCCGACAAGUUUGGCCGGCGAACAGCUUUGUUCACAUCCUCCGUCAUCUGCGUCAUAGGAGGAGCGCUCCAAGCUGGAUCUGUGGACAUAGCCAUGUUCAUUGUUGCGAGAUUUAUCACUGGAUUUGGAGUCGGCGGCAAUGUAUUCCUUGUGCCUCUCUGGCAGAGCGAAAUCGCGCCGCCUCAUGCACGAGGACUGCUAGUUGGUUUACAUGGAAUUUUCAUUCUGGUCGGUUACAACAUAGCGACUUGGCUUGGGGUUGGUUUCUUCUAUGUCAACGCCGGUGGCGCACAAUGGAGACCACCUCUAGCCAUUCAAUGCUUGCCGCCCUUGAUUUUGGCCUUGGGGGUUCCUUUCAUCCCCGAGUCUCCACGCUGGCUGAUCGAUCACCAAAAGGAAGAACGAGCGCGAUUGAUCCUUACCAAACUGCACGAAAGUAAACGAACAGAACAGCAAGAAUCCUUCGCGGACCAGGAAUUCUACCAAAUCAAAACACAGCUGGAAUACGAGCGCACACAGGAUUCGAGCUGCAAAGCAAUCUUCACGACAGACCACUACCGCAAGCGUGCCAUCAUUGGCUUCUACCUUUUGUUUGCUGGUCAACUCACGGGCACCACGGUCAUCAACAACUACGGGCCAACAUUGUAUGCUUCGCUGGGCUAUGGAGCAGCGGAUCAACUUAUUCUUUCCGGUGGCUGGCUAGUACUGGGCCUUGUGGCCAAUGUAGCGAACGCUAUUCUUCUCGACCGUGUGGGCCGUCGCUGGCUGAUGGUAUCGGGCAUGAUUGGUUGCUUGAUUAGUCUCAUUGGCGAAAUUAUUAUGCUGGCCCUAUUCCAGUGUUCGGAUAACAAGAGUGGGAAGAUCGCUGGUGUGUUUUUCCUGUACCUGCAUCUGGCCUUUUAUGGAACCUGCAUCGACGGCUCGACGUACGUGUACGGUAGCGAGAUUUGGCCAACUCAUCUCCGGGGUAAGGGCUUUUCGCUUUCGGUUGCUGGCCUUUUUGUAGGAUCCACGACACUGUUGACCGCAGCUCCAACGGCAUUUGCUAGAAUUGGCUGGAAAUUUUAUCUGGUUAUGACUGUAUGCACCGUCAUUUCCACCAUUUUUAUCUGUUUCUGGCCUGAGACAAAGGGCUUGCCGCUGGAGGAAAUUGCUGCAAAGUUUGGCGAGAAGGUCACUGUACAAUUGAACGAUUCGGCAGAUGCCGCAUCAGUCUCCAUCGCAGACGUUUCAGCCCCAGUGAAAAAGGCAGAAAACGAGAAGUGA